GCGCGGGGACCGCCGCACGCGGCCCGGAGCCGCGGCGCAUCUCCCCGCGCCGGCGGCGCGAUUUCUGCUCUUUGGGCCCUCGGCGGCUCCCAUCGCGGCUCCCGCAGCGGAGCGCAGACGGCGGCAGCGGCGGCCGGUAGCCCCAGCGCGCGGGCGGGCGCACACCCACCCCGCCAGCCCCGGCGCUCCGGCUCCCGGAAGCGGAAGGGGAGCGCGGCCCGGCCUGGGCGACGGCGGCGGCGCCGGCGGAGGAGGAGGGGGAAGAGCGGCUGGCGGCCGCGAGAGCAGCGGCGGCGAGAGGCGAGCCCGCCGGCGCCGAUUCUCAUGGAGAACUGUUACUGAAGAGAGAUCCAUUUGUUGGGAUGUAAUUAAAAAAGGAAUGAAUCAAGAUAAAACCUCUAAAUGCAAGCACCAGAAAAAUUACAACACAUCUUGGUGAAUUUGCAAGUUGGAUCGUCUUUCCUUGUGGGUUGGCACGCAGUUGUAGGACUGCAAAAUGGGUCUCCGGAUUCACUUUGUUGUUGACCCACAUGGUUGGUGCUGCAUGGGUUUGAUUGUCUUUGUCUGGUUAUACAAUAUUGUUUUAAUUCCGAAAAUUGUCCUCUUUCCUCACUAUGAAGAAGGACAUAUCCCAGGCAUAUUAAUAAUAAUAUUCUAUGGCAUUGCCAUAUUUUGUCUGGUUGCUUUAGUGAGGGCCUCAUUUACUGAUCCUGGAAGACUCCCUGAGAACCCUAAGAUUCCACAUGGAGAACGGGAGUUCUGGGAAUUAUGUAACAAAUGUAAUUUGAUGAGACCAAAGCGUUCCCAUCACUGUAGCCGCUGUGGCCACUGUGUUAGGAGAAUGGAUCAUCACUGUCCAUGGAUUAACAAUUGUGUUGGUGAAGAUAAUCAUUGGCUUUUUCUGCAGUUGUGUUUCUACACGGAACUUCUUACUUCCUACGCUCUGAUGUUUUCUUUCUGCCACUAUUAUUACUUUCUUCCCGUAAAAAAGCGUAACUUGGACCUCUUUGUUUUUAGACAUGAAUUGGCCAUAAUGAGACUAGCUGCCUUUAUGGGCAUUACUAUGUUAGUUGGGAUAACAGGACUUUUUUAUACUCAACUAAUUGGCAUCAUCACAGAUACAACAUCUAUUGAAAAGAUGUCUAACUGUUGUGAAGAAAUAUCGAGGCCCCGAAAGCCAUGGCAGCAGACCUUCUCAGAAGUUUUUGGCACUCGUUGGAAGAUCCUGUGGUUUAUUCCUUUCAGGCAGAGGCAACCACUGCGAGUUCCCUACCACUUUGCCAAUCACGUCUAAACAGAUGGAUGGUGGGCACAGAUGGGUCCUCCACGCUGGAAAUGCGUUACAGGUUUUCUGAUAAUAGAACUAUGACAGUCUUCAAGUCAAUUAAAAUCCACCCACCAAUCUUAGGCAUCAUAAUGUGCCCCAGGCUUUAUUUUAAUAGUGAUCUUGAUCCUGUUGUGGGACUAAUACGAGAUCUAUAUUUAAGUUUUAAAGCAUGUUUACUUUCAAAUUAGCUUUCCACAGGGAUUUCUUUAAAUGCUUUUGUGAUUAGACCCCAAAGGCAGUGAUUGAGAUGAAAUAAUUGUACAUAAUUUUUUUUAGUACUGACAAUGUUACAGAUUUUAAUUUAUGGGAAAUUUCAGAUGUUUAUUUAAAUUUUUCACUCUUAAGCAGUACUAACCAAAUCUGAAUUUCAUUCUUUGGGUUUACAAAAGUUGAUACACCUUAUAUUAUAUGUAAGUUUUCUUUUUCAAAUACAUCAUAAUUUAAAUAGCAAUACUGCCUUUUAUAUGUGCUGCAGGAUUUUUUUUUUAAUGCAGCAUAGAUUGAACAGCAAUGAAAAACCAAAAAAAAACCAACAGAAAAAGGGCAGUGUUUUCUUAGAAGUAGCUCUCUAAUGUUUUCUGUUUUUCUCUUCACCAAAAACAAAAUAAAAACGCCACUAAAAUAAAAUACCAACUACCUACCUUAUUUUAAAGGAAAGAUGAAUUUUUUUUCCAUAUUAACUUUCUCACUUCUUUUCCCUGCACUGAUAUAAUUAUUGGUUGUUGUUAAAAUAAUUGCUCCAAGUCAGAAUUUUUGACCACAUGGGCAUGAAUUCUAUUUUACGCUAAGAUUUUGAUGAGCAAAAAGGGUAGAGAAUUUGCAAUAAUUCCACAGGUACCUUUUCUCGUACAGUUAUAUUAGAAUGAAUAUGUUUUUAAAAUGCUAGUGUACUAGAUAAUAUAUAAUGUACAGUGUAAAGAAGAAUAUUGUGCUUUUAAAAAACAUAUAUAUAUAUAUAUAUACACUUUUUACUUUUAUUUACCUACUAGUACAUCUAAAAUUACACAUUGAAGGUUUAUAUGUAAUAGAUAUUGACCAACUAAAUAAUAAAAUUUUAUUUGUAGGAAGUUGCUAGUAAAGAUUAGUAAGUAACCUUUGUGUACCUAUAAUCAGCCAAAUCAAAAUGAAAUUUUAAUCGGCCAACUAUAAAUUUGGAUUGAAAGACCAUUUGUUAGUAGCUAAUGUUAAGAAAUGACCUUAGAAAACAUAAAGAUCUAUAUUUACCAUUAGCUUAUACAAAUUUAAAUGGCUAAUGGUGAUGGUCUCUUGGAAAGCAGAGAAGAUCUGUGUGAAAAGACAUUUAGCAGACUUUGAAAAAAAUUCAGCCUUUACAUUUUUUUCCAUUAGAAUACUGCAAAAUCCAUAUAUCUUUUUAGAAAAUGUAUGUCCUCACAGUCUUUGAAGAGAAGAUUGAAGGGGUCUGCUGUUCUUGGAGCAUAUCAAUAUUUUCCUUUUAGUUAGUUUUGAGAGUAAGGAGUCACACCUGAGAAAUCAUGAAACCGAAGAUUUCCGUUGUCAGCCAAUUAACUAUACUGUAGUUAGUUCUUCCAGGAAUUGUAAAUAUCUUCUGAAAUAAUCAAAUAAGCUGUUCUCAGAGAUAUAAAUACCAUGUCUUUUA